UUAAGUGGGCUAAAAGUUGGUGAUUUCGGGUUCGUGCCGUUGGCGGUCGCAAUGGGCGAAGUUAUCAAACGUAAACAAUAAACAAACGUCUUAAAAAUUGAAACAGUGAUGAAUUUGUGAUGGCUCUCGAACAAAUAGCCGAAGAGUAUUUCAGUCAAUUGAACCCCAUGGCCCGCCGCAUGUACGCCGACAUGAAGGAGACCAAAUCGGCGUACGAGGACUUGUGGGAGUCAAUUUCCGAAAAAGAACAAAAACAGUUACUUUCCGAAAGUAUUAUAACACCGGAAGUGUUGCUCAAGUACAAACAGAACGAAAUUGAGGAGAGUGUUAGCGAGUAUGCGGUCAAACUGAUAAUUGAUGACCACUGUACCUAUCAGGAUGAACACUCAGGACCUUUUAGUUUUAAGACACGCAGUCAGAGGAACUUGACGCUUUUUGAGGCUGAGGAGAAGCCCAAACCUGUCGUCAAACAUAAACCUAAGAAGAAAGUUGUCGAAAUGUUCGAGGUUCCAGAAGACAAGAUUGAGAAAGAUUCAGUCGGGAACACGUUGCCCAAAACGGGGCUCGACUUUUUGGACAACUGGUAGUGCAAUAAUGUAACCAAAGAUUCACCUAUUUAUUAUGUGUAGUGUUUUUGUAAACUUAAGCAGUCGUGUUGAUGUUUUAAAUACACAUUUUUAAGCCGU